AUGUUGACAACAGCGACGAAAUUGGCCCUCGGCCAGCAUACCGCAGGGAUAUACGCCGACAUGUCUAUCGACGGGCCCGAGAUUGGCACGCUGGUCGCCAUAAUCGACCGCGCGAAGAACCUCCCGAACAGGAAGACGAUGGGGAAGCAGAACCCGUACUGUGCUGCGCGGCUGGGCAAAGAGGCGAAGAAGACGGAGACGGACAUGAGAGGCGGACAGACGCCCAAGUGGGACCAAGAACUGCGAUUCACCGUUCACUCCUCGCCGGAUUACUACCAGCUGAAACUCUCUGUCUUCAAUGAUGACAAAAAGACCGACCUUAUCGGGGAAACCUGGGUGGAUCUGAAGAACGUUAUCGUACCCGGUGGCGGACAGAACGACUUGUGGCACAACUUGCAGUGCAAGGGAAAAUAUGCGGGCGAAUUGAGAAUGGAGCUGACGUACUACGACACUCGGCCCAAGGACGAAGCAGUCAUUGAGCGAAGAAAGGAGGCUGCUGCUGCCGAGAAGGCCGAGAGGAAGGGCAUAGCUGCCCCGCAGAAACCUCAGCCUAGCUCAAGGAGGACAAAGGGGCCCAGGCGGAGGCCUUUGCCAGACGAUCCCACCGGUUCAGCCCCCCCAUCCCAUCAACCAUCACAUAAACCAGCAAAGAAGCUGGUUCAGCAAGUACAACCAGCACAGCCCGAGCACAGUGCUCCCGUCAGGCCUCAACAGAUACCCAGCAAUGUGCCCCAUGCCAGCCAGGCUCAGCCUGUGCCUGUUCAGCAUACUGCUGCCCCUAGUACUGCUCGACAUUAUGAGACGCCAGAUGACCUUCAUCAGCAAUGGGAGGAACCCGCCCCUGCUCAACCUCUAGCGGCCUAUUCUCAUAAUCAUCCUCACCAGCCUCAACAGCAUUACCAAGGUGACUAUGAGAAUGCGUACUCCCAGCCAGAAGUCUCCCAGCCACCGGUGCAGCAGCAUCAGGCCAUGGUGCCGGUCCAGAAUCAGGCCCCCCCUACCGCUCCUGCUCCCUCUGUUUCAGCUUCUAGUAACAAUUCGUACGGCAAUCCACAGGCGGAGUAUUACCGCGAGCCCGAGCGUAUAGAGUCUCGCCAGCGACAUAGCCCUGACAAUCAUUAUGCUCCACAGGAGCAUGUAGCACAUCAGAAUAACUAUGAUCAGCAGAUGGAUGGCCAUUACUCUCAAGCCCUUGUUGCUACGAAUCACCAUCGUGGCCCAUACGAGACGCCUCCAAGGAAAGCCGUUCGUCAGUCUGUUAGCUCAGAUCCCCGGCCAAAUAGUCAUCAUUCACAUCAUCAAAUAUCCAGGGGAUCUGCACAUGGUACUCCGGACGGAUACAGCCAUUAUCAUACUCCUCCCGAGUCUCGUCAGCUACAACUUACUCAAGCUCCCGCCAACCACUCGGGUUCUCACCAUCACUACAGUUCUUCGAUGCCUAGGAAUGACGUGUUUCAUGAGAGCCCCUUGAGAAAUCCUAUUAGACAGUUGGAGUAUCAUCCGAUCAACAGCAGCCAUGGCUACAACCCAGACCAUGGGUAUGGCCAUAUGCAGCCGCAAGUCCAUGAAGCGGAUGAGGAACAUGAUCUUCCACCGCCUCCUCCAAUCCAUCGCGACGGGCUUGGGAAGCAACCAAGUCCAGCACAGCCGGAGCCAACUCAAGUCAUGGAUCUCCAAUUAGCCCAUCGCUCUCAGUCAAUUCCAGUCCCGCAACCACUCAGCCUCGGUAGCUCUAGAAAUUCCCACCGAUCGACCGGAGAAAUACACCAGGAAUAUGUUGCUUAUUCUCCCCACAUCGCGGCCAACAGAAGGUACAGUACUUCGCCGAUUCCAAAUGAGCAGAUUUAUUCCACCUCUCCAACACCGUCAUAUCAUUCUGUUGCUCAACCCCAGGAAUCGGUACUAGUCUCAGAACGACCAAUCACCUCUAGCGGUGAAUCGAUCCCAUCUUCUCUCAUUGCCGGCUAUGAACAACCGGUAUCCACGUCGUCAGACCUUAUUGUUGCUCGCCGCCGGAGCGAUAUCUCCAUGCACCUGGAUCAUAUCGAGGAUCCUCCAACUCAAGCACUACUAGACAACAGGGUUGCCAGGCGGCAAAGCUAUGUCCCGCUCCAACAAACGCCCACUCGUACUUCUCGCUCACCUGUACCAGAGCGCAAAUCUGUCUCGCCUGACCCUCGACAAGUCCCUGCCCGGAAAUCCCUGAGCCCACAGCCACCCCCAGUCGCCGACCCAGACUCUCUUCAGGGGAUACCAUUUGGCCCCGAUUCCUAUGACACGCUGAAUCCUAAUGCUUCUCUCUCUUCCGCCCUCAUCCAGCCUGCAUCCCCAUAUGAAACGCCCGAGCAAGCCAUGGAAGCUGCUCGCCAGCAUGAAGUCGACAAACUGCGCGCUCUCGGACCUAUUAUCGGUAAUGACGGUAGAGUUAUUGAUCCAUCUGACCAUCUUCCCCUUGAUACCUGGGCGCCUGAGCCAGAAAGGAAACCAAAGAAGCCAGGAGUAGUCGUUCGGUUCAAGCACACCUCACACACCAAUACCGUGGGUGCACGAGUGACAACACGAGAACGAGCAAGUACUUCAUCCAGUUCUUCUAGGCAUUCAUACCAGCCUUCUUCUACACAAUCAAGCGGCGGCACUCCGCCAGCCAGGCCCCCUAAACGUAUCACGUAUGUUCCCCUAUCAUCCAGUUCAAGUGGCGAGAACACAUCUGCUACUGGUAACGCCACGGACCGCCCCUCAUUUUCAUCUCGUCAGAGAGGCACCAGUCCACUUCCUCACCGAGAGAGCUUCUCUUCGAACUACUCCUCUCCCGCAAAUGUCAUGACACCUCCUCAUUAUCGCGCACGGCAGGCAGCCCAGGCACAGGCUCAAGCUCAAGCUCAAGCCCAAGCAAACCGGCGCUCGCCUUCCCCUUGCCCUCCCACCCAUCCCUUUCACUCCCAUUCACCCUCUCAUUCAAAUUACUACCAACAAAGCGGACCGCCUAUCCCAGCUAAGGUACCCGUUCACCCUGGCUCGGACGCCUACACCAAUGGCGGUAUGGGAGGUGAACUAGACGCCCUGAGUGAAGAGAUGAAGAGAAUAGACAUUGGGCUCGGAAAGAACUCGUCUAGUGCACUUGUUAGGAGAGGACGACAAUCUUACAUCGAAAAUUAUGAACGCUAA